AGUUUAGCCUAAACUCAUGGAAUAUAACGUUACUUACCGUUGCCUUUCUUUCUCCUUGAUCUGUGCUCUUAGCUUGAUUACUGGACGGCUGCUUGAUUUCUGUAACAAUGAUUUCAGCAUUCAUUGUUUCCUUGUUUGCUUUCUUGCCUGAUUUUUGCACAGUUUCCUUGUUUGCUUUCGUGCCAGAUUUCCGCAACGUUAAUACUUGUGACUUUCCUUUCAUACGAAGGACAAUCAAGGAGGAGGCUAUUGCUGUUAAUGAAACUCAAGGUAUUACCCUUGAAACUGUUAAGGUUGCUAUUAAUCAGAAAACUAAUCCUGUUGAACAACUCGAGAAGCGAAAGCAAUCGGGAAGCAUCGGCUGCUGCAAGUCUUGUAAUUGCACCAAACCCGAAGUCCUUCUUCAGUCCGCGCUUGCACUUCGGAAUGACCUGCAAAGCCCCGAGGUGGAACUCGGGGUAGACACUCCGAUGCUUAAGUCAGCAAUAAUCGGGGCUACCUUUAGGACGGAGAUAAGAAAAGCUUAAG